ACCGACAGGAUCAUGCCCACGCACUGGUGGUCCGCUACCAGCACUAUGUCUUCAACGUUACCCGUACUCCUCGUUCUUAUUGCCGUUCUCGGUCUCAUGACCGCAGCAUGGGUUUUUACGCGGAAAGGUCCUCAUCAAACGUUAAUUCGGACGAGUAUUUCGCUCGCAUUGGCGUGCUGCUACUUGAUGUGGAUGGUGACAUACCUCGCCCAGGUACAUCCACUAGAACGUCCAAAGAAGAGUUUCAUCUUGGAGUGAUUGUAGGAUGGCAUUACGGAGGUUCACCAUCCUCCAGUAUACCAUUGUCGUAAUAUAUUUAGCUAUAAUCC